CCUCUGCAAACAUCCAAUCUAUAAAACCUCAAAAACAAAAAGAUUAAAAAAAAAAAAAGAAAACAUCAUACAAAACAGAACAUCCCAGAUCUCCCCAAAACCCUAACUGAAUCGAAACCAGAGCUUCAAGGAAGACGAAAAUGGUGUACACAUACACCCCCACCUACUACACCUCCCUCCACGACUCCAUCACCUCCAUCUGCAAAACCAUCCUCCCUUUCCCCUUCAAAAAGCACCGUCGUAUGCCGGCGAUUGCCGCGGCAGAGCACCGCCUCUCCAAGCAGCAGUCCGACAACCUCAAAUGGCAGCAGGAAUCCUUCCACCAGAUCCUCAAUUUAAUCGGUCUAUCCAACGAAGGAAUCAUUCCCAACGACGACGUUUCGUCUUUCCGUACACAUCUCCUCGAGACCAUCCUCACGCCGCCGCCGGUCGACCACGAGCCGCCGCCGGUAUUAAGGGACAAACUCAUUUUCUUACAGGAGUUGUUCUUGGCUAAAUGCAUAUCGGAGGACGAGUACCAUUCGUCGAAGAGGCCGUUGUUGCAGAGGCUAGCGGUGCAAGGAGCUGUGAUCGGGACGAAGGAUGUAAUAAUUGGGACACAAAUUUGCGAUAAAGAUUGGUCUUUUAUAGACCUAAAGGAAGAUCGAAUGGUACCGAUCAAAUUGGAGUCAAAAAAAUCGAAUGGUGUGGGAAUUCCAAAAGAUCGAAUUGGUGUUUCGGUAUUGUCAUCUACGGAGAAUCCUUUUUGGGUUGAUUCGUCGACGGAGAAAGAAAUCGAAUCGAAGUCGAUUCUCAUGACGGAAAGCUCCCCGCCGGAGUCGAUCGAAAAUGGAAAGAAGAAAAUCAAUGCUCUGUUUCAAAAAAAUAGAAAUGAUGAAAAGGCAAAAUCGAUGAAGAAGUCGGGGCUUUGGGGGUUCAAUCGGUUGGUUAAAUGGAAGAAAAACGAUUCCGAGGACGAAACAAUGUUGUUGUCGCUAACCGAGAACUCGAAGAAGCCUUGUCCUAACGCAAAGGAAGAGCUAACCGUAGUCGAGCCGAAAAAUAACUUCCGGCGAGUAGAUGAUCGAAUCGACGAUGAUAAUAGGAAGAAGCUCUUCACCGAACCGCGGCGCGAUUUGUGUAAGGACAACAUAGGACAACAUGAUUCGAUAGAAUGGACGAGGUUCGAUGACGAGGACGAGAAUGCGCAUCCGAACGUCGUCCAUCGGCAUGAUCGGCGGCAAUCGUCGGCGAAGCAACCUGCGAGAUUGUCGAUCAACAACAGCAGCAUUGAUAAGGGGUUUAAGUAUAAUCCAUUCUUCGACAUGUAAGGAUGAUAUAUGUUUUUUCUUAGAGGUUAUAUAUAUAUAUAUAUAUAUGUAUAUUGUGUUUGUUGUUUGAUUGUUGAUGAAUUUUUUGUAUGAAUAUUUGUGGUAUGGAUCAUAUGAUCAUAUAUAUGUAUAAUCAUUGUGGAAAAAAAAUUUGGAAUUUACGAGAAUUUAAACUUUUUUUUUUUUUUUUAUAUGACGUGGGAAUCCGCACUGGGUAAACUCCCGGCCGAACCUAAUACCCUGCAAACCAGGCUCGAUGGGAAAGUCAUACUAGGCAAACCAUGUGUGGGCAGGUGACAUGAGGCGUCGAGGGUUUGAGAUAGAAAAAUAAAGUUAAUAGGUCUAAACUGAUUCUAUUAGCGUUGUCGGAUUCGGAUCUGCAAACAAUUGAGAGUUUUGUGUUCUUCAGGUUUAUGGCGCAAGCCCCUCUUGAGAAAAUCAUUAGGGCUUUUUUUUGCCUUUACUCCCACUAUAAGAUAUAAAAAGUAAUGGUUAUUGCGUUUAGAUUU